UUUUCUGGGUAGAGGCUACACGUCCACAUGUUGUAGACUUGUAGACAUUUUCUUUAGUGUUUGCCAAUGUUGAAAUUUUCCCCCUAAUUCCUUCAUUUCCAUCAGUCGACGUCGAAGACUACGUGGUUUCAAGUUACAUUCUUUAAGUAAUCCCAGAUAAAAGAUAUAUAACUUGCAACCAUGUCUCAAGUCCAAGGAGUUCAAGCAACUCAGCCACCCCCAGCAACAGCAGGAGUUCCUCCGGGUAUGAACCAGACAAACCCAAAGGUAGUCAGUGGUCCGGCUGCUGCUGCUGGUGGUCCUGGAAUGCCAACUGGUGCUGUACCGUCCUCGACUACUGGUACUGUUACUCCACCAGUUGCACAAACUAUAUCACAAAACAUGGCAAACCCCAAAGAGAAAACCCCCAUGUGUCUGCUCAACGAGUUAGCCCGUUAUAACAAGACACAGCCCCAAUAUAAACUACAAGAUGAGUCUGGUCCAGCCCAUCAGAAAACUUUUAAUGUAUCACUUACGUUGAACAACCAAGUCUAUGAUGCUUCUGGAUCUAGUAUCAAAAAGGCUCAGCAUGCCGCUGCAGAAAUAGCGCUCCAGAAGUGUGGUUUACCCCGACCGAAGCCACGCCCGCCUAGGGUCUUGUAUAAUGGUAAUCCUAAUAGUAUGACCCCUACCGUAGAAUUGAAUGGUCUUGCUAUGAAACGAGGGGAGCCUGCGAUAUAUCGUCCCAUUGAAGCCAAUCCUAGAGGACCUCAACAGGGAUAUUAUAAUAGGCCACCUCCCAAUUAUAACUUUAGAGGAAUGUACAAUCAAAGAUACCGUUACCCUAUGGCAAGGCCCUGUUAUGUAUCCCUUACUGUUGGUAACCGUGAAUUUAUUGGUGAUGGCAGAACUCGUCAACAGGCCAGACAUAAUGCUGCCUUGAAAGCACUCAAAGUUUUGAGGAAUGAACCUCUACCUGAGGGUGCCUUGGAACUACUACAAAAUCAACAACUUCUAGAACAACAACAGCAGCAGCAGCAGCAGCAGAGUGCUGAGGGUGUCAAACUUGAUGUUGUUGAUGGAGAUGACAAUGACGAUGAUGAAUCAAAGUCUGAAAUUAGUCAAUGUUAUGAAAGUGCUCAUAGGAGGAACUUGCCUAUUUCAUUCGAGGUGAUCAACGAAAGCGGCCCCCCUCACAUGAAAACUUUUAUAACACGCUGUACUAUUGGAGAGUAUUCAGCGGAAGCUGAGGGCAACGGUAAAAAGGUAUCAAAGAAACGAGCUGCUGCUAAAGUCCUAGAACAACUGAAAGUUCUGCCAGCUUUACCAGUCAUUGAGAAGCCAAGACCUAGGUUCAAGAAGAAGAAACCUAAAUCUCUGGUACAGCAAAGCAACCAAGACUAUGGCCUAGGAAUGAACCCUGUAAGUCGUCUUGUACAAAUCCAGCAAGCAAAGAAAGAAAAAGAACCUGUUUUCACUCUACUACAAGAACGAGGUCAACCACGUAAACGAGAAUUCAUCAUGCAGGUCACAAUUGGUAGUAAUCAAUGCACUGGUAUCGGGCCUAACAAAAAAAUGGCAAAGCGGGCUGCUGCUGAAGCAAUGUUACAAUUACUAGGAUAUCGUAGUACACCACCCUUGCCAAAUAAAUCUGCUUUGAAGACAGAAGGAGGUGAAACACCAAGUUCUGAAGAGAAAUCCACAAAUGGUAGAAAGGUGACAUUCGCUGAUUCUAAGUUGGGAGGUGAGAAAAGAUGUGUAAUAAUAAGGUUAUUAUCUUACUUUGUAGUUUUAAACCGUGCACCUGGCGGUCAUCUCGGAGUAGAUAGUUGUAAAUCUAUGGCAACGACUGCAACUAUUGCUAAAGAGCUAUUGAUUAAUGGCAAGUCGCCUACUGCGGAUGCUCUCAUCAAAAGUGGCACUGGACCUAAAACUGAACAGAAACUACUACGACCUAAACAGCAAUUGAUGUUCCUUGCUGAAAUUCAGGGACUACAGGUAGAAUUUACAGAUUUCCCAAAGGGUAAUAAACCAGAGUAUCUGUCUCUGGUUUCUAUUGCUACCAACCCGCCAUUAGUUGCACACGGGGCUGGUCCUACUGUGGACUCGUCUUACGAUGCUGCAGCUCUGCAAGCAUUGAAAUCGUUGACAGAUAUGGACAUAGGUAGUUUGAAGCAAGGAGAACUUGUCAAACCAGAAGAGAUUAAAAUAACUGAUCCUACCAUGAAACCGGACAUAAGAACUGAUGAAACAAGGGAUCAGAAAACUGCUAACUCGUUGGACAAAAAGACAAUUCUGGGAAAGCCAUCUGGGACUGAGGCGUAAGAUGGUCACGCCUCAUCCCAGUGUUAAAUACUGAAGACAACAAUUACCUAUACUCUAAGACAAACUUAGAUAUAUUUUUUUUUUAUGUUUUAUUUUUUUUUUGAUUCAUAAAAUGAAUCAAAAACUUGUACAAGAUUUUUGUAGGUUUUACAAAAUGAUGCAAGACUGGCCCAAAUAUUGAAUAACUUGUGAAAUUAAUUCAUUUAUUAAGCUCAUAAUUUUCUAGUGUGUGUUUUCCGAUUUUAUAGUUGGUUAAAAACAAACAAGUUAACCAAGCUUCUUUCAAAAAGAUGAAAAAAUAUACAAAAUAAUUUUUAAAAAAAUAUUUCAAGUUAGGGUAGGUUAUAAAUAAUAUACAAUUUUAUUCUUAUUUUGUUAUUAUUACAUGCCUUUAUCAAAAUGCGAUAUGUGGUUUAGAAUAAGAAUUUUGCAGUCACUUGAAGUUUGUGUUGACCAUUGUCGCUUGUAAUGCCCAUGGCUUAUGCUGCUAACGGUUGAUCAAACAUUUGACUGGAUUUUGAUAACCAUUAUAUCUGACUGCCUAGAAAAGUCAACCAAGAGGCAUGUAAUAAAAAUAUUAGGGUCCAAAUAAUGGCACGUUUGUCCUUAAGGUAAAAGGAGAACAUUGAAUGAAUGAAUGUCCAUAUUUGGUCUUGUGUAACUUUGGACCAGUCUUUCUAAAAUGUCAUCGUUUAUGAGUAGACAAUUAUCAAGUCAGUUUUUUUAUCACCAUUAAUUCUAAGGUGUGUAUCAUUUUAUCGAUUUCUAAAUCAUAGUGUCCAAGUAAUUUAUGGCACAUUUACGAUAACCAAAUUAAUAUGGUAGAAUUUUAUUUUAAGCUUAAAAUAAUGUACUGUAUAUAAUGCGUUGCUGGACCCAUGCACAAUUGGAAAAUUUAAUCUUGAGCCAUCUUCAUUGUCUUGCAAUGUUUUCAUUUCUGUAACGAUUUAAAAUGAUGUAAACUGACUUUUUGUUUGUUUCUUUCUCAUAAAGCGAUUAUUUGUUAACCCCUUGUCAUGGAUCCAAUGCCACAUCUGCUUCAUGUAUAAAUUAUUUUUUAUUUUUUAAUAUUUUAAAAAAUCCGACCUUAGUUUUGAAACUACUGUGGUUAUUUUGCAUGAUUCAUGUGAAGGGGUAUAAGAAGUUAUUUUUUAUUCGUGCAAGACCUGAAAAUCUGUUCAAAUCUUGCACCUUUUCCAGUCAGUGGCAGGGUGUUCAACCAAGGGUUGACUUCUUGGGCAUUUCAGGUCCUGUUAGAUUAAUAAUCAUUAUGUUAUUUGUUGUCUUCAUGUAUAAUACUAAUGUUAAGAGUAGUUUUAGAUUUUUCAGACAUACAGCAGAGGAAACUAAAAAUAACGUUGACGUGUCUUAUCAACUCAUUCAGGAGGAUUCUGACGGUUCUUUCAUAGUCUUUGGGUUUCAGAUGUGUAGAAGCCAUGUUUUCAACAUGCUUUUCAUUAGUCUGAAAUACAGGACUGAUUUAGAGGAAACAGUGGCUGUCAAUUUUCGAAUUUCGGCAUGUGUAAUUACAAAAAAAAAAAAAUCAUUUUAUUUACCCUUUCCUGAAUGAAAUGUUUACUUUCCUGUGUUGUAUGAAAAAACAGAAAAGUUUUUACAAAUAAUUGGGAAAUGAUACAAUUUAUCCACUACAUUGUGUUUAAACUUGCAAUUAAAAUGUGUCUGGUAUUUUACUUGUAAGUGGCUUUAAAACUGUAUUAUUUCCUUAUGCGGUUAUUUACAGUGGGUGGAGAAGAGUUGAAAAUCUAAGAAUCAUCACACAAGUCAAGUGUAUCUAUCAAAUAACUUGGUGUGAAAUAAAAUGAAUAUGAAAAUGCAC